AUGGUAAGAAUUAAGAUGAAGGCCACCGGCGGACCGUUCAUGUGGAAGAAACUAGGGCUGCCGAAACCCAUUCCCUCUGACAGUGACGAUGAAACGUGGGACACCACUCCACCGGCCACCACCAGCACCGACACGCCACCGGCUACUGAAACAGCAACAGGACGCACCGACUCACCGGCCGUCCAGACAUAUCACGGCCAGAAACGGCCAAGAACUCAGUCGCCACCUCCACCGCCGAGAUCAGAGCCAGAACCAGAAACCACCAUUGCCACACAUCCUGCAGGUCAUGAGGAAGGCGAUGCAACCACUGAUGUGCCCAGCAAUUUGCCCACUGAUGCGCCCACUAGUACGCCCAGUGAUUUCACCAGCCAUGUGCCAAGCGCUAUGCCCAGCGAUGUGCCCACUGAUGCGCCCACGGACUUGCUCAGUGAUACACCUAGCGAUCUGCCCACAGUCCACUUUCUGUUCCCAAUAAACUCAAUUGUGAUUCCAUCAUCAUCAUCAUCAUUUGAAGCAGAAAAUGUGAAAUUCAACCUCAAAAAGAGCAGCAGAUGUUAUCAAAAUCAUGUAGCUCAAGUUUAG